UAAUGUGAGUCAUUCUUUCUUUGAGUACAUUAGCUGUGAAAACACAUCUUAGUCUGCCCCUCCUCCCAAAGGUUUGAGGGUCGGAAAUGCAGGUGAUUAUCGGGACUGCCUUUGAUACCAACAUCCUUCUCUCCUGGGAGCCCUUUGAACUGACUUUGAUAUGCGAUAAUUAAGAGGGAUUCCUGCCUGGAGGAGCCACCGCUGUGGCCCUGCUUCUGGUCUCCUUCCACUGAGUCCUUGUUUUGAACUAUUGAUCAAAGAUUUGAAGGGAUCUGUUGUAGCCUGUGUGGGGUAAAGAGGAAGGAAACAAGUGGGUUGUAAGGGAGAAGAGGGGCCACAUCUGGCUAUAAAUAGUUUCAGAAAAGCAUGCUGGUCAGACCCGGCCUGUCUCAUUUAACACACAGUCCUUGGGCAGAUUCGCUUCUCUUUCAGAAAAGGCUGCUGCAGGCGACUUGCACAUUGCACGCAGGACCACUCAGCCUAGCCUCAGAAGACGCAAGGGGUACUGGGAACUCCGGAGAGACCUGAGUGACUGAAGGAUGGUACUGGUGGCCUUGCUUGGACUCAGCUGGUUCUGUUCACCCCUGGGAGCUCUGGUUCUGGAUUUCAACAACAUCAAGAGCUCUACUGAUGUGCAAGGUGCUGGGAAGGGCUCACAGUGUGCAUCAGACAAGGACUGUAACGUAGGAAAAUUCUGCUUCGAGCUGCAUGAUGACAAGUCAUUCUGUGCCACAUGCCGCCGAGUUCGAAGGAGGUGCCAGAGGAGUGCCAUGUGCUGCCCAGGAACGGUCUGUGUGAAUGAUGUCUGCACUGCUGUGGAAGACACAAGGCCAGUAAUGGACAGAAACACUGAGGAGCAAGUUGGUACCUAUGCAGAAGGAACCAGCAAAUGGCCCACAGAGGAAAACAGACUUCAGGGGAAGCCCAGUGCUAAGAAAUCACAAAGCAGUAAGGGACAGGAGGGAGAAAGCUGUCUGAGAACUUCCGACUGUGGCCCAGGACUUUGCUGUGCUCGACAUUUUUGGACAAAAAUUUGCAAGCCAGUUCUACUAGAGGGGCAAGUCUGCUCCAGGAGAGGGUAUAAAGACACUGCCCAAGCCCCGGAAAUCUUCCAGCGCUGCGACUGUGGUCCUGGACUGUCGUGUCGAAGUCAGGCGACUGGUAACCGGCAAGAGACAAGGCUAAGAGUGUGCCAAAGAAUGUGAGUUGUAAAAACAUGGGACUCCUCGCGCUCACACAGCAAGACACUAAUUUUAUUAUUGUUAGUUUUUAUUUUGGUUUUCAGACAGGGCUUCACUGUGUAGCCCUGGCUGGGCUGGAACUUGCUGUCAGCCUGGCUGGCCUUGAACUCACAGAGAUCCGCCUGCCUCCAUCUCCACUUUUUGGGGUAGGGGGAGGAGUUUUGAGACAGGGUCUCAAAGUAAGCUAUGUAGCCCAGGCUGGCCUCAAACUCACGAUCCUCUUACGCUCCAGGCUUGGGAUUACUGACGAGCACCACCACACAUAGCAUA